AUGAGCCAGUCAUCCCUGACCCAGAUGUUCAAGAUGACCCGAUGGAGGCACCAGCUGCUGUGGAGGACAUUCUUGUGGACGCAAGCGCAGGCGGCUGAGGAUCAGCAUCAGGGAUUUCCGGGUGGUCUGAGCGACCCAUCCGUGUUGACAGCGUAUGCGGAUCACAUUGCUUGUAGCGUAUGGACGGGAGAGGAGUGUCCUGAAUUGAAGCUAUCCUCUCAUGGGAGGAAGGUCCACAGUUUAGGCAGGCCUGUCCCUGCCAUUGAGGGACUUAUUGCUGCCCUUGCACGUGGACGAUGCGGUUCAGAUGCUGGUGGAGUUGUUGAUGGUCUCUCCAGAGCAGGUCAUUGGACAGCUGCGACUCGCGCAUAUCUUCUUCACCUACUGGGUUGCACUCUAUUUGCUAACAAGAGUGCAACCAAUGUCUAUGUUGUCUACUUGGAGGCCCUUUGUGACCUCAGUAUGACAGAGAGGUACGCCUGGGGAGUGGCUGCUUUGGUUCAUAUGUACGACCAGCUGAACGAUGCAUCUAUGAGCCACAGUCGACAGCUUGGCGGUUACAUCUCACUGCUGCAGUGCUGGAUUUAUGAGCACUUUCCCUCGGUCACGGAGUCCACCGCUGAUCAGGACUACGACAAGGCUUCUCCGCGUGCGUGCAGUCUCUUGCGCUGGGGGCCUGUUGCUGUUUAUUAUCGACCGGAGAGGGUCGUGCAGCAGUUUGGCUACACACAGACCAUUCCUGCUCCUCCUGUCGAUUCAUGGGUCUCGUAUGAUGAUAUACACGACAGGUGGAUGCACUACGAGGAUCAUAUCGUACCAGCAGGUGAGGUGUGCGUUGUGCCAAGGGUGUGUUCUAGUGACUACAUCGACUGGUUCUUCCGCAUCUCCCAUCCUUUCAUGACACCAGGCCACGUAUUAGAUCCUCUGUCUCAUGGUCACGCCCCGCAGCCCCGAGUCGUCCCUGAGGCCCCGCAGACGGAUAUCCCUCACGUGUCGGAGCCAGGAGCAUCGUCAACAUCUGCGGAGGAGCCCAGACAUGCAGUGGAAGUUUGUGAUGAUAUUGUUGAGAGGUUGGAGCGCCAUCUGAGUCUAGGGGUGGUCACGCCUGGCUCUUCGACACAUGAAGUGAUCGAAGAAUGCCUCAGAUUGGCCAGGAGUGUGACACAUGACCAUCUAGUAUAUGUUAGGUGUAGACGCAGGCGGCGCACUAAUCAGGCGUGGUGUGCUUUGGUGAAGGUGAAGGGGUCGGUGUUCAUUGUUGUAGUAGUUGGUUCGUCGGCGGCGGCAUACGAGGUGUUUAGCAGCCGAGAUGAUGUUUUGCAGUGGGCUCGAUCUGUUGCUCAUGAAAACGGAUUUGUGGCAGUCAUUAUAAGCUUCAUGGCAAACCAGUGGUUGGAGGGCAAGGCUGGAUUGUGA